AUGGCUGCUGUUGCUGCUGCUACUUGUUCUUCCUCGUUUUGUUUUUCGUCUUCUCGGACCUUGUUCUUCCUGGUUUUGGUCGAGCUUGCAAGUUGCAUGUCUAGUGGAAUUAGCUUGGGCUCGAGAUUGUUGGCUAAUGAGAACCAAACAUGGGUUUCUGACAAUGGGACCUUUGCUUUCGGCUUUACUCCUACAGACUCAACUGACCGACUGCAAUUGGCAAUAUGGUUUGCAGAGCUCCCCGGAGAUCGCACCCUGGUUUGGUCUGCAAAUAUAAAAUCUCCAGUCAGCAAAGAUGCAAUCUUGGAGUUCGACACCACCGGAAAUCUCAUGCUAGUCGACAGAGACACCACUGUAUGGACGUCAAACACCUCCGGAGUAGGCAUUGAAACGGCAGUUAUGGCAGAUAAUGGAAAUUUCAUUCUAUACAACAUUGACCUGAAUAUUGCAUGGCAAAGCUUUUCACACCCAUCAGAUACACUGUUGCCUGGCCAACCUUUAACGGUCUCACAAGAGCUGACUUCAUCAAGGUCACCUUCGCAUGGUGGUUAUUACACACUCGAAAUGUUGCAACAACCCACUUCACUGAGCCUUGCACUCACCUACAAUUUGCCAGAAUCUUAUGACACAUCGCCAGAUUCUUACACCAACUACUCCUACUGGUCAGGACCUGAUAUAUCCAAUGUCACCGGGGAUGUUGUUGCAGUUAUGGAUGAAGCAGGAAGCUUUGGAAUAGUGUACGGUUCAUCGUUGGAUGGAGCUGUAUAUGUUUACAAGAAUGAUGGAGAUAAUGGAGGACUAUCAUCAACUGCAAAUCAAUCAGUCACAGGAAGGUCAUCAGUUCUUCGAAGGUUAACCCUUGAGACUAAUGGAAAUCUACGUUUGUAUCGAUGGGACAAUGAUCUUAAUGGGUCACGCCAAUGGGUACCAGAGUGGGCAGCAGUGUCUAACCCAUGUGAUAUUGCUGGUAUAUGUGGCAAUGGGAUAUGUAAUUUGGACAGAAGCAAGACAAAUGCUUCUUGUACAUGCUUGCCAGGGACUUCUAAGGUGGUCAAUUCUGUCCAGUGCUCAGGAAAUUCUUCUUUAACUGGAAAAUGUGGCCCUCAUCGUGAGAAUUUAACAUCUCAGAUUAAGAUAGAAAGUGUGCAGCAAACCAAUUACUAUUACUAUGAAUCAUCAGUAAUAGCAAACUAUAGUGAUAUAACGACAGUAUCUAAGUGUGGUGAUGUUUGUUUAUCAGAUUGCAACUGUGUUGCGUCUGUUUAUGGGCUUAGUGAGGAAAAGCCAUACUGUUGGGUUCUGCGGAGGUUGGAGUUUGGAGGAUUUGAGGACCCAGGCUCAACCUUGUUUGUCAAGGUUGAGGCUAAUGGCACCCCAACACGAGCGACCAACACCAAAAAAUCUGGGGAUUCUUCAAAAGGGUCAGGGAGUGCCCAUGAUAAGGCCUUGGUUCUUCCUAUUGUCCUCAGCAUGACGCUUCUAAUUGGGCUGCUCUGUUGCUUAUUGUAUAUCAGUGUCCAUAGAAGGAGAUCCUUAAAGAGAGUUCUUAAAAACUCCCUGAUUGUGUCAGGUGCUCCGAUGAAUUUCAGUUAUCGUGAUUUGCAAUGCAAGACUAACAAUUUUUCCCAGUUGCUUGGAACAGGUGGAUUUGGAAGUGUAUAUAAGGGAAGCUUAGGAGACGGGACAUUGGUAGCGGUAAAAAAGCUUGACAGGGUUUUGCCUCACGGGGAGAAGGAAUUUAUAACCGAAGUCAACACCAUUGGCUCUAUGCAUCAUAUGAACUUGGUUCGUCUGUGUGGGUACUGUUCUGAGGGGUCACACCGGCUUCUUGUUUAUGAGUUCAUGAAAAAUGGGUCCUUGGAUAAAUGGAUAUUUCCCUCAUAUAAUUGUCGAGACAGACUUCUAGACUGUUACGGGAUGCUGCUUCUCGAGAUUGUUGGUGGCCGGAGAAACCUAGACAUGACUUUCAGCACAGAGGACUUCUUCUUCCCUGGAUGGGCUUUCAAGGAGAUGACAAAGGGGACAACGAUGAAAGUAGCAGACAGAAGACUAGAAGGAGCAAUCGAAGAAGAAGAGCUCGUGAGAACUUUGAAAGUAGCAUUCUGGUGCAUCCAGGAUGAGGUUUUUAUGAGACCUUCAAUGGGUGAAGUAGUGAAGAUGUUGGAAGGAUCAGUUGAUAUUAAUGUACCACCAAUGCCGCAGACAGUUUUGGAGUUGAUUGAAGAAGGCUUAGAUCAUGUAUAUAAGGCCAUGAAGAGCGAGUUCAAUCAUUUCAGCUCUUUCACCAUCCCUAGUCAUCCAUUAUCUAAUGCUACAUGUAGUUAUUCCACAAUGUCACCUAGAUAG